AUGGGUUGUCUCACAUGUAAAAGAUGCUUUGCAAUAAUUGUGAUUGUACUGAUUCUGAUAGUGAUAAUCACAAUCACUAAGAUAGUGAAAAUCAGUCCGAUACAAUCAGUCUCUCUGCAACCCUCUGAUAAGUGCUAUAAUAAAGCAGCAGUGGCAGCGGAUGCCGGGACUUGCUCUGAGAUCGGGAGGGACAUGUUGAAGCGCAAUGGUUCAGUAGUUGAUGCAGCAAUCGCCUCUCUGCUGUGUGUGAGUCUGGUUAAUGCUCAAAGUAUGGGCAUCGGAGGAGGGGGGGUUUUCACCAUAUACAAUGCACCCUCAGGAAAGGUGGAGACAAUAAAUGCAAGAGAAACUGCUCCAAUGAGUGCUUCAGAGAACAUGUUUGGCAAAUAUCCAAAGAACGCAAAACCAGGAUUAUUUAUAGGUACACCAGGACUGCUGCGUGGUUAUGAGUUGGCACACAAAAGACAUGGCAGACUGCAAUGGAAGGAGCUGUUUGAGCCCAGUAUAAAGCUGGCAUUAGAUGGAUUUCAGGUCGGCAGGGCCUUGGCCUUGGCCAUCAAUGAGACUAGUGGCACAAUUCUGAAUAAUGCAGCAUUGUGUGAAGUUUUUUGUGGCUCACACAACAAGAGCAUCUUAAAGGAAAAUGACACAAUAAGAUUUCUCCAACUAGCUCAUACCUAUAAGAAGAUAGCAGAAGAAGGACCAGAUGCAUUUUACGAUGGGUCACUGACUCAGGAUAUACUGGAUGAUAUCAAGGCUGCAGGAGGGAUAAUAACACGUGAGGAUCUAAAGGGUUAUAAGCCAGUGCUGAAUGAGUAUGCAUUAAACUUCACUGUGGGGAAAUACAUAUUUCUUGCUCCUGAUGCUCCAUUCGGUGGACCUGUGCUCGCUCUGAUACUCAACAUACUCAAAGGUUACAACAUCUCAAGCAGCAGUGUGUCCACAACAGAGAAGACUUUGACCUAUCAUCGUAUGAUAGAGGCUUUCCACUUCGCUGAUGUCCAGAAGAGAAAACUGGGAGACCCAGAUUAUGAAAACCUCACUGAGAUUGUAAAAAGAAUGACCUCAGAGAGCCUUGCAGACAACAUCAGGAGUAAGAUUAAAGAUGACCUCAAACAAAGCAGUUACUAUGAGCAGGAGGACAGUGAUGGUGUACCUGAUGAUCAUGGCACAUCUCACCUGUCUGUCCUUGCUGAAGAUGGGAGUGCAGUGGCCGUCACCAGCAGUAUCAAUACCUAGUAAGAUAAAUAUAAAGAGA